ACCAGAAUUCCUAAAAAGUUCACCGCCAUCAGUCACUAGUCACUGAGUCAUCGACAGGCUAGUCUAGUCACUACCACGAUCCACGAUACACUGCCGCCACUCAAACGAUGAGAUGACGACGAGAAUGGGCACUCUCAACCCUACGCUGCUCAGAAGCAUUUCGUUCCUCUGCGUGCGGGUCCAGCACCGGCGUCUGGGCCUUGGGCUGGUGGGCCCGAGUGGUAGGGCGUGGUGCAGCGGCGCGAGCGAGUCGACUCGGGCGGCGGGGCCGGAGGGGGUAUUAUCCUCUGCGGACAAGUCCACGCUGAGAGUGCUGAGCGUCAAGGAGGCGCCAAAGUACCCGAGGUGGGACGACCCUGACUACUGUAAAUGGAAGGAUAAGGAAGGGGAGAUUCUGAACGACAUCGAGCCCCUCGUUUUGCUCGCCAAGGAGAUUCUCCAUUCUGACAGGUAUAUGGAUGGUGAGAGCCUUUCAGCUGAAGAUGAAAAGGUUGUGGUGGAAAGGCUUCUUGCUCAUCAUCCGCAUUCUGAGGAUAAAAUUGGCUGUGGAAUUGAUUCUAUCAUGGUUGAUCGACAUCCCCAAUUUAGACACUCAAGGUGCCUGUUUGUCAUAAGAACUGAUGGUAUAUGGAUUGACUUCUCCUACCAGAAGUGUCUUCGAGCAUAUAUCCGAGAUAAGUACCCAUCCCAUGCAGAAAGAUUCAUUCGAGAACAUUUUAAACGUGGUAGUGGCUAAAUGUGUAUCACUCGUAAUGCUUGUAUUGAAGUUUAAUUUGGCUUUGGUAAUUAGAGAUCAGCAUGAUAUGAAAUUCGAAUUUUUCUAGCAAGGGGGUACUAUGAUCCACAUAUAGCCUAGAUCCACAAAAUGUCAAUGUAGUGGAUAAUCCUUGACUGACACUCAAAUGCAUCUUUAAGAAUGAGGACGAAGAAAAUGAUUGAAGUGAACUUUGUUGACUUGCA